CGAGGUUGUUUCUGUGUGUUGCGGAAGAGUUUAUGAAAAAUCCUGUAGUUAGCAGCGGUGUCAAAGUGUAACCAGUGUGAGGUGUGUGAGAUCAUCAUCAUGAGUCAAGCCCCAUCCUCCAAUGGUGUGGAGCCGGGAGAGUUGAGAGAUCGCCUUCUGCAGCUGUGGACCCUAAAAGACCUACAGGGGUUGCGAGCUGAGGCGUUGUGGGGCUUCUCUGCUCUCCGCUGCCCCCUGGCUGGCCUGGUGGAGGUACUGCGCUUCUGCCCAGGGCCACAGAAGGGACGAUCUGCUACACUGGGACAGCUGCUGUUGGGUGACUUUCAGAAGUGGAGGAUGGCUCAGAACCCUCCUGUGGAGAUCCACAUGCUGCCCACAGAACAGAUACCUGCUGUCCAGUAUUCAGCGUUGAGUCUGAUCAGUGAUGCCAACUCUGCCUACAUGGACCCCCUACUAGAGAUCUACCAACUACACACACUCGACACACACACACUCCUCACACACACACACACCCUGUGGGACCAGAGGGCCUUUCGAGAGGCUGCCAUUCUAGCCACCAAGUUGAAUCUUCAAGAACACUUGGACAUGGAGAAGAUGUGUGUUCCCCUAGUGUUGCUUGAUAAGCUUCCUCUAGCUGAGUCGUAUGUGAAGCUUCAUCCACACCUCCAGGAGGCGCUAGUGAGCAUGCUGGACUCCUGGUGCUCACCGCACUUUAAACUGGACACACUGCGCAGUCGUUUCUCUACUGUUCAUCUCUCUAAGCAUCAGUGUGAUCAGCUGCAGCCAAAGCUUCUGAUCAAACACGUUUUCCGACUGAUGGACAAGUUCAACGUGGACCCAGCUAGGUGCAGUAACUCUGUCUAUAAGAGGAAGUUGGACUCACUACGAUUCCUCAUGGCUAUGCACUUCAAAGAGGGUAGAAUGUCUGAGGAGAAUUGGAGUGACCAUGUUCAGACCAUGGUGGAGGGCAGUAUUGAUCUGCAGGUGUAUGUGGUGGAGCUGGUGGUGCGGUACGGAUCUCUACAGCAGGCGGCCGAGUGGGCGCGAUACUACAAGCUGCCCAGAAACAGACUCCCCUUUGGGGUGGCCGACACCAUACAGACACUACCUCCCUCACACAGUGGUCUCCCGGUGAGUGUGUGUGAGGACUCGUGGUAUCCAAGCCCAGCUGAUGCCCAGCGCUACUACCAGCUGCCUGUCGCCCCCGGCAACGUCCACUUCCUGUCAUCUCUAGCUCAGCUGGAGCAGUGCAGACACGCUGUCAUGCAGCCUGGCGUGGUGGUUGGCGUGGACAUGGAGUGGCGUGCGGGUUUCGGCACGGGGGGGCGUGUCCAGAGAGUGGCUCUCAUCCAAUUGGCCGUCAGCGGCUCUGUCUUCCUAUUGGACCUCUGUGCUGCCCGCUUCAGCCAGGAGCCAAUCACCAUCCAGCUCAUCCGCGACCUGCUCUCACACAGGGACAUCCUCAAGCUGGGUUAUGGGAUGUCUGGUGAUGUGAGGAGUCUCGUUUCUACGUGGGCGGAGUUAUCUGAACAACCAAUUAAAUUGCAGGGAAUGCUGGACCUGCUAUACGUGCACCAGAAGCUCCAGAUGGGGCGUCGGGGAGUAGCGGGGGGUCGCCGCAGCGUGGAGGUCCACGAGAGUGUGUGUGUGUGUGAGGGCGAGUGUGUGUGUGGCCUGCAGCAGAGUGUGUGUGUGAGCGGGGGAGGGGGAGGGGGAGGGGAGAAGGGGCUGAGUCUGAUGGUGCAGCAGGUGUUGGGGAGGCCACUGGACAAGCAGGAGCAGCUCUCCAACUGGGAACGAAGACCACUACGCCAGAAACAGAUACGAUACGCAGCGGCGGAUGCCUACUGCUUAUUGGACGUCUUCAAUGCCCUUCAGAAAGACCCCGCCCACUACGGUCUGCCAUCGGACAUCAGGAGUAUAGGCCCCGCCCCUCCCCAACGCAAAGAGGACAAGAUCAAAGACAAGAGCAGGAAGGGACGACACAAGAAGAACCUCUCCGAGUCGGAGUUGUCAAAGCCAGCUGACUGCCACCCAGAGGGGAAGGUGGAGCUUAACCAUGAGGGGGAGGAGUCUACCAAGGGGGAGGUGUCUAGUCCACAGUCCGAGCUGCAGAACCAGGGUGAGUGGGAGGGGCCGUGGCUGUUGCCAGGGGAACUGCGCGUGGUGUGUGACAACAUGCUCCAGGGGCUCGGGAGAUACCUCAGAUGCCUCGGAGUCGACACACUCAUACUGGAAAACACUGACGACCACAAGGUGGCAGCCAAGCUGGCGCGAACUCAAGACCGAGUCAUCCUCACCAGCGGCCAGCCCUACCAGACGCUGAAGUCCCAGGUGGGUGAGGGGCGGUGCCUGUCGCUGGACUGUUCUGAGCGCGCCCGGGAUCAGGCUGUCACCGUGAUGUCACACUUCCACGUCCGAGCCACACACACCGACAUCUUCAGCAGAUGCCAGGCCUGCAAUAAUGACGAGUACCUCCGCGUUCCGCAGAGCAACAUGGCCCAGAUGAUGAAGGACAGAGGAUAG